AUGACACUGAACGUCGCCUGUGUCCAGUACACCGCUGGGGAGUCGGAGGAGGCGGCUCAAUCUUGCUUGCAUGAGUCACACCAAACACUGCAAGUGCUUGAUGCCCUGAACUGUAACGACGUUGACCGUGUGCACAUGACGAACGUGAUUUGUGGCGACUUCAAUAACGUUCACGACGAGGAUGCCUGCGUGCAGUUGAUGCGGGAGCUUUUCUUCUUCACCCAUAACAUUGUGGGGGGCCCUCGCUGGGCGACGUGGUUAAAUAAAGACACGCAGGCCUCCGCGAGGUACCAGAAGUACUACGCCUGCAACUGUGAGUGCUUCGAGAGCACCAACGCCGCAAGGCGGGCGCAGCGCGAGGUGGCCAAGUACGCGAGGAAGCCUAGUGACGGUAGAAGGACGGCGACGUCAGCCGACCACGCGGAAGUGGAGGAGGUGAUGGAGAAUACUAUGGAGCAUGCCGGAGCUCAGGCGGAGGAACGUGAGCUGAAGCCAGCGACAGAGAAAGAGAGGAAGAGGGAGAAGAGACGGGGGCGAGGCAGGAGCAGCGGCAGGACGCACUGGAAGUACGGAAACGAACCCUGA